CUCCCUCCAUCCCUCCCUCUCUCUAUCUCUAGUAGACUAGUGAAGUCAUCUUGCCUCAUCUGCUCCUUUUAAGCCGGCAUUUUUGAGAGGGAGGUUCCUGCGACGCAUAUACAAACACUCAGCCAAACACUCACACCACACGCUGCACUAGUAGCCAGCAGAGAACUGAACUAUUCCUUCACACAGAACAGGAAGUUGAAGUGACCUGACAACAAGAUGGCAACAAAGGGAGUCAGCAUGGCUAACAAAGGUCCAUCCUAUGGCAUGAGCCGGCAGGUUCAGGAUAAGAUCGACAGCAAGUAUGACCCUGAGCUUGAGCAGAUCCUGGUGGAGUGGAUCACCCGUCAGUGUGGCUCUGGUGUGGGAAGACCAGAGGCAGGCAAAAUGGGAUUCCAGACUUGGCUGAAAGAUGGAUGUGUUCUGAGUGAACUGAUUAAUAGUCUGUUCGCUGGAGAGAAACCUGUAAAGAAGAUCCAGACCUCAACCAUGGCCUUCAAACAGAUGGAGCAGAUCUCCCAAUUCCUCAAUGCUGCCGAGAAAUAUGGUGUCACCAAGACUGAUAUGUUCCAGACUGUGGACCUUUGGGAAGGUAAGGACCUGGCGGCAGUGCAGAGGACCCUGUCAGCUCUGGGUAGCUUGGCCAUCACUAAGAAUGAAGGGACAUACAAUGGGGAUCCGAACUGGUUCUUCAAGAAAGCACAGGAGAACAAGCGGGAUUUCAGCGAUGAACAGAUGAAGGCAGGAAAAAACGUGAUUGGCCUACAGAUGGGUUCUAAUAAAGGAGCCAGUCAGGAGGGCAUGAGCUAUGGAAGACCCCGACAGAUCCUGUAAAAUCACUGUGCCACGCAUACCCUUACACCAUCUUAGAGCCUGUAAGCUUUCAACCGGUCCACUACAAUUGCUCUUUCAUCAUUAAACCUUUCUGCUUUAGAAUAGCCCCCAACUUCCUUGGUCCCUGAAUCCCUUAUGUAGAUGCCUGCAGUGGUGACUAUCGCAGAGCUCACCACGCUUAGUCCUCCCCUCUGCAGUUAGAACCAGCUCAUGUUUGUAGUCUUAAGUGGAAAGAGAAACCUUAAAAAUGACCAAUACAUUGACUUGGAGGUAAAAACACCAAAAUAACCACAUCCCAAAUUCAAGCUGUUUCCUGUUUCUUCAGUGUACAGUGUUUAAGAAACGGCACGUAUUACAGACAACUGACCAGUUUCAUUUGGCUAGUUUUCAUCUAGGCUCCCAUGAUUCUACACUUGCUGUGUCAGUGCCAAUAUUUUUGUACAUUGUCUUAUUAAAUAAUGAGUUUAAAAUA